UUCGUCUAAAAUAGCGGCCGGAUGGGAUGAGCCGGAUAGCGGGUAGGUAUACGCUGUAUAUCCCUUGGUGCCACGACGAGCGCUGUCCGCCUCCGGCCCAUCCAUGGCCCCAAGCGUCCUAUUGUCCUGCAGGCCAAUUGACUUCCCUCCUCUGGAGUAAGCUGGAUCCAAGCGCGACACUCCUCCUCGAAUCAUUGCGCACGGGGAGCCGGGAUGAGGAACCAUUCCAGAACGCGGACGGGGAGGAGGAAGUUCCUAGGGUGGAGGAGGAGACCUAGUCCACAGUCGCCCGUUUUAAGGCCGGUUAAUUGGAACAUAACAUGUCUUGAUCUCCGCUAGCAUUCCCUUAGUUACCCUUCACAGAUUCACAGAAUCACCACCAAAGUCGACAAUCCUCGUCGCCCACGCGGGUCAUGGCGCCCGGCGGCGCGAGCAGAAGGGAAAUCGAGCAACAAUGGGCAUUCGCCCGCAGGCUUAGAGGGCCAUGAUUGGUGGUUAUUGACAAUGAUAAGUUAGUUACUGGAUGCCCAGCCGGAUGACCUUUAGCUCGUUUGUGACGGCGAAGGAUAAUAUCCGCCCGGAACAUCUGCCGUCCCCCUCCCCUUUUGGUUUCCCUCCUGUUUAUUUAUUUAUGGCUGCCCUUCAAAAAUCUCCUUUGUCCGUCUCGACAAGAUCAUCCUUCUCCCCCAAUUUCAACCCCUCCAAAGGCCAGAAGCUUGACCGAAGAAUUCUAGUUCUGCUAUAAACAAUCACCACCGCUUAGGUAGUUAUCUUCCGCAUUCAGUCAGGUCUCUGGAAACUGUUAUACCAAAGCGCAUUUUCCCACCUUUACUCUUCCAGAUAUUUUUUCACUAUGGCCAACGACGCUCAUAAUGCGGUGCCAAAUAUCGAAGCAGAUCCUAAUGACGAUACCGACUCUGCAUUCGAGGGCUCCGUGGGAAGUGCCAGUUAUGCAACGACGCUUGCCUCCAGCAUAAAAAACUAUGUAUAUGCGAACGGAAGACGUUACAAUUCGUUCCGCGCUGGGGAAUAUAUUUUGCCAAAUGAUGAAGACGAGCAGGAUCGCAUGGACUUGACCCACCACAUCUACAAACUGCUCUUAGGUGGAGAUAUAUAUGUUUCCCCGAUAAAAGCGAAUCCACAGCGAGUUCUUGAUAUUGGAACAGGCACUGGAAUAUGGGCGAUUGACUUUGCAGACGCACACCCCGAGUCGCAUGUUGUGGGGAAUGAUCUGAGUCCCAUCCAACCAUCAUGGGUCCCCACGAACUGUGUCUUUGAGAUCGACGACCUCGAGGCAACAUGGCCAUAUACCCGACCAUUCGACUUCAUCCAUGCGCGCGAACUAGCCGGAUCAAUCGGCGACUUCGACAAGCUCUUCGAGCAGGCUUACAAGAACCUGGUGCCGGGCGGAUACUUUGAGAUUCAAUCCAUCGAGCCGUGUUUCCUUAGCGAUGACGGGACGCUCGAGAAAGCAAAACAUGCGUUGGAAUGGAUGCAUAUGGAAUACGAAGCAAGUGCCAAGUUUGGAAAGCCAUUGGAGAUCGUGAAGACGUUUCCGGAGAAGUUGAAGCAGGCUGGGUUCGUGGAUGUUAAGACCACGCUUAAGAAGCUCCCCAUCGGUACCUGGCCCAAGGACAAGAAGUUGAAAGAAAUCGGGCGCUUCCAGCAGCUGCAGGUAUUGCAGGCGCUGGAGCCGUACUCGCUCUUCCUCUUCACGAAGAUUCUGGGGUGGAGUGCCGAGGAGACCCAGGUGCUUCUCUCCGGGGUCCGCAAGGAUAUCAAAAACCGAGAGAUCCAUAUGUACGGCUGGGUACAUUUCACAUAUGGCAGGAAGCCUGAAGAUGCCGCCACUUCCUAGGCAUACCUAGCUACCAUUCUUUUGUAUGGGAAGAUCCCAUUCGGAUACAAUAUUAAGUCAAGAAGUGGGGAGGUUAGACGGGGUUGUUGAUGGGCAGUUUUUCGUUUUACAUUGUUCUGCUUCCGUUUGCAAUUUUUUGGCCAUUAUUCUUUACUACUACCAUCAUCUUUUUCUUGCAUUGCACUGAUGACGACCUAAUCUGACGAACAUAUAUGAUAUAUGAUGUAUAUCGUCCCGCAAGUUUUUUUUUUUUUUUUUUUUUUUU